AGAGAGAGAGAGAAAAAAAACUGAAUUUUCUAGCUUUGACAAUGGAGGCGGCUCCAUUUGCUUCUUCUUAUUCAGCUUCGUCUUUGUCUUCUCGCGCUGUAACAGCUGGAUCAUUAUCUCCCACUUCAUCUCUCUUAUUUCGUCGCAAUAAUAUCCGCAACAGUAAUUGUAAAUUCAAAUCUCCAAGAAACUUAUCGGUCCGAGCCUCUGGAGACUCUGUUGUGACGUUACUUGAUUAUGGUGCUGGCAAUGUUCGUAGCGUGAGGAAUGCGAUUCGCCAUCUCGGAUUUGACAUCAAAGAUGUACAAACUCCAGAGGACAUUUUAAAGGCAAAUCGACUUAUUUUUCCGGGCGUUGGGGCAUUUGCUGCGGCCAUGGAUGUGUUGAACAAAAAUGGGAUGGCUGAAGCACUCUGUACCUAUAUUGAGAAAGAUCUCCCAUUUUUGGGCGUUUGUCUUGGACUUCAGUUACUUUUUGAGUCUAGUGAGGAGAAUGGACCUGUAAAUGGUCUCGGCUUAAUACCGGGUGUGGUUGGGCGUUUUGACUCGUCAAAUGAUUUCAGAGUACCCCAUAUUGGCUGGAAUGCUUUGCAAAUCAAAGAAGACUCUGAAAUUUUGGAUGAUAUUGGAAACCGCCAUGUCUAUUUUGUUCACUCUUACCGUGCUACGCCAUCAGAUGCCAACAAAGAGUGGGUAUCAUCUACCUGCAACUACGGUGUCGACUUUAUAGCAUCUGUUAGAAGAGGAAAUGUGCAUGCAGUUCAGUUCCACCCGGAAAAGAGUGGAGAUGUCGGUCUUUCAGUAUUGAGAAGAUUCUUGUAUACAAAGUCAGCCACAACGAAGGGGCCUACUGAGGGGAAAGCUUCAAAACUUGCAAAAAGGGUAAUUGCUUGUCUUGAUGUGAGGGCAAAUGAUAAAGGAGAUCUUGUUGUAACCAAAGGGGACCAAUAUGAUGUAAGGGAGCAUACAAAAGAGAAUGAGGUAAGAAACCUUGGCAAGCCAGUUGAGCUUGCUGGACAGUAUUACAAAGAUGGAGCUGAUGAGGUUAGCUUUUUAAAUAUUACUGGUUUCAGAGACUUCCCUCUCGGCGAUUUGCCAAUGCUGCAGGUGUUGAGAUUCACUUCAGAAAAUGUUUUUGUACCGCUAACUGUUGGAGGUGGCAUUAGAGAUUUUACAGAUGCAAAUGGCAGGCACUAUACUAGUUUGGAAGUUGCUUCAGAAUAUUUCAGAUCUGGGGCUGAUAAGAUUUCCAUUGGAAGUGAUGCAGUUUACGCUGCAGAAGAGUAUUUAAGAACUGGAGUAAAGACUGGAAAGAGUAGCUUAGAGCAGAUAUCUAGAAUUUACGGAAAUCAGGCAGUAGUUGUAAGUAUUGAUCCUCGUAGGGUGUACCUCAAGAAUCCCAAUGAUGUCGAGUUCAAGGCUGUAAGGUUGACAAACCCAGGUCCAAAUGGAGAAGACUAUGCCUGGUAUCAGUGUACGGUUAAUGGUGGGAGAGAAGGUCGACCAAUUGGAGCUUUUGAGCUUGCAAAAGCAGUUGAAGAGCUGGGAGCUGGAGAAAUACUACUAAACUGCAUUGAUUGUGAUGGUCAAGGGAAAGGAUUUGAUAUCGAUCUAGUAAAGUUGAUCUCAGAUGCUGUGAGCAUCCCUGUAAUUGCAAGUAGUGGUGCUGGUGCUGUUAAGCACUUCUCAGAUGUGUUCACGGAAACAAAUGCAUCUGCUGCCCUUGCUGCUGGCAUCUUCCACAGGAAGGAGGUGUCUAUUCAGUCUGUGAAAGAGCAUUUAUUUAAGGAAGGCAUAGAAGUCAGAAUCUAAUCCAAUCCUUGAGAAGUUUUGAGAUUACUCUUUAGAGGCCUUUGAUUCUUCCACCAAAGGCAGAAUUAGAUGGGACCUUGUCGCUUUAACUGGGCAUAUGUUGUAUAUUUAACUGUUUGAUUCAUAUCAAGAUUUUUUAUUUUUUUUAUUUUUUUAUUUUUCCUUUUCUUUUGUACUACCAAAAACUUAGACCUUUCCCACCUAUUUCUACACUAGUUUUAAAAUUCUUGCUCCUGUAAUCGUCGGUAUGAUUCAGAAAUAUGAGUUUUCAAAUGAAAGGUGGUCCAUCUGUUCUCA